CCGAACAUCGCCUCUCUUGUUAUUCAAGCUUCACUGUCGAGUGGCCAUUUUUAUGUGUGUCCGGAUCCCGGUUCUGCUCGUUUCUCUCCUAAAAACCGCUUUUAACACCGAACAAUAACGGGUAUCACCGGCAAACGAGUCUCGAACAUUAAUUACACUCACCGCGAGGAAGAAAACGACAGAUAAAGCGGAAGUUUUCGUCUGCUGUCCAUCAUGAAUCCCGAAUAUGAUUACCUGUUCAAACUCCUGCUGAUCGGAGACUCGGGCGUUGGGAAGUCCUGCCUUCUGCUGCGUUUCGCUGACGACACAUACACGGAGAGCUACAUCAGCACCAUCGGAGUGGACUUCAAAAUCCGAACGAUAGAGCUUGAUGGAAAGACCAUCAAACUACAGAUCUGGGACACAGCCGGUCAGGAGCGAUUCCGCACCAUCACGUCCAGCUACUACAGAGGAGCUCACGGGAUCAUCGUUGUUUACGAUGUCACGGAUCAGGAGUCCUUCAAUAAUGUCAAACAGUGGCUUCAGGAGAUCGAUCGCUACGCUAGUGAAAACGUCAACAAACUCCUGGUGGGAAACAAGUGUGAUCUGACCACUAAGAAACUUGUGGAUUACACAGCGGCAAAGGAGUUUGCGGACUCUCUCGGCAUCCCGUUCCUCGAGACGAGUGCGAAGAGCUCCAGUAACGUGGAGCAGGCCUUCAUGACCAUGGCGGCUGAGAUCAAGAAGAGAAUGGGCCCCGGGGCCACCGCAGGAGGGCCUGACAAAUCCAACGUCAAGAUUCAGAGCACGCCGGUCAAGGCGUCCAGCGGAGGAUGCUGCUGAGACCCGCUGCCUUCAAACACCCAACAACUCCAUCAAGACGACAGUAACGUUACCUACCAUACGCCACAGCUGAGUGAAAGAGAGAGAGAGAGAGAGAGUGUGAAUGUGUGUGUGUGAGAGAGAAUAUUAAUGAAACCAGAGUAAGAAAGGAUCAGAUUAAACAUUGCCUGAUAAUGAAUCAUGCAUGCACGUCGCUGCAUGACCAGACAAACACGUUUCCUAAAUUCAGCGAGCGGCCCACAAUCUGCUGGGCUAAACAUCUCAAAUUCUGUGCGCUCAUUUAGACAAGCAUCCAAAAGCACUUUUGGACGAAGAAGUCCCGUUUCCGAGGUUUUUAGAGGACCGCAACUAGAUUUCGCUUUGAACUUCCUCUUCGGAACUUUGAAGGAAGCGGUGGACUGUGAUGUCAUAACUGACCUCUGAAUAGUGGGUUCCGUUACUAUGGCUCCCGGUGUGGUUGCUCCGGCGACCUCUCCUUCAACCGCUGCCUUCUCUCUGCGUUUGGUGGACCGUUGUUGUUUUUUUCAGAUUUUUUUUUUUUUAUUUGUGCUCUUCAGCAUUUCAAGACUGCGGUCCUCUGAACGUGACGCUUGUUCAAACGCAUUGUCAUUAUGUGCUAGUUGUUUGCCACCAUUCUAACAGCAUUAUCAUCCUGUGCAAUUCUGUGUAAUAAUACUUUGGAAAACAAGAACCAAAUCCUUGUAGUUUAAAUGCCAAUAUGAUGAGUUGGUUCUUUCUCUUAAUCAGUUUUGAUGCUUACACGUAUAUUAUUAUGUAUAUUAUCCUGUAUAUUGGACUCGACCUUUGUUUACUGACAGCACAACAGCAGCGUCACUGUCAUAGAGAUGCAGAUUUAUGUAUAAAUGUAUCUAUAUAAAUGCUGAUCCCACUGAUAAACAGGAAAUGACAUCACAAUAGUUAAAGCAGCAUUGCUUAUGUAAUUUUUUUCUGUUUUGGGGGAGAAAAUGGUCUUUUUCUCCUGUAUUUCUGUUCUCUUUUAUGUCACAUGAUGUUUAAAUAAACUAUGAAGGAGAAGUUUAAUAAAAAUGGUUUUAACUGGAA